GGGUGUAAUUUUUAAAGAAAUUAUAUGUGUUUGAAACAAACGGACCGUUGAAUGAACAAGAUCAUGGAGUAGACAGGAAACAUGGCGGACGAGAACUUUAAAGUGCGACUAGAAGAACGAUUAAAAAUAAAAAUAGGAGAAGCCAAGAAUUUACAAGCUAGAAUACAUGGAUCUUCAACACAAAGAGAUGUUUACUGUACUCUAUCCUUAGACCAAGAAGAAAUUUUUCGGACGUCUACAGUGUAUCAAACAUUAAGCCCAUUUUUUGGUGAAGAAUUUCAAUUUGAAGUACCGAGAAAUUUUAGAUUUGUGUCUAUAUAUGUCUUUGAUCGUGACAGGCAUCUAAGGCAAGAUAAAGUGUUAGGGAAGGUUGCAAUUAGGCGAGAACAUUUGGCAUCUUAUAAUAACAAGGAUCAUUGGUUUCCUAUUAAGGCUGUCGAUGCAGAUUCUGAGGUCCAAGGGAAGGCAAAUAUUGAAAUACGAUUCGAACCUGAAUUUGAACAAAUGUUUAACAAAAAUAAAUCCUCUGGAGGAUACAAUUCAAGUAGAAGACUGUUAGUUCAAGUAGUGAAGUGUUUAGAUUUAACUUUAAAAAAUGGUGCUUGUGAUCCCUAUGCAUUGGUGUUAGUAACCUAUACAAAUGGAAAACGUAUCUCGAAGCGAACUAAAGUGCGGAAAAAAACCACAAGUCCUCAGUUCGAUGAAGUUUUUACGUUUUAUAAUAGUGAAGGGAGAGAUAAUAUGUGUGAGAGUGACUCUGAAAUUUGUGAACUACAUGUAUCGAUAUGGCAUGAUACGCCUGGAAUGAGUGACGAUGUGUUUUUAGGGGAGGUUCGUGUACAAUUACGGGGGAUGCAACAGCAAAAUGCUGCACAUAGAAGCGCGUGGUACUUUUUGCAGCCAAGGUCCGGAAAAAACCGUCCUUUUCUUACACACUCUACACCUCCAGGUACAAGACUUUCUAGCGAUAAUUCUCUCGGCUCUCUACGUCUUCAGGUUCAAUACACAGAAGAUCGAGUUUUCCCUGCAAAUGUUUAUGAUAAUCUCAAAAAUUUAUUACUUCAAAGCAUACAUAUACAACCCAUAACAGCUACUUCGGUGUACAUACUAGGUGAAAUUAUAAACAAAAUGGAUAUAGCACAGCCUCUGGUUAGAAUAUUUAUGCACUAUGAUAAAAUUGUCCCAAUUAUUAGAGCGUUGGCAAAUGUAGAAAUUUCAAAUGUCACAGAUCCCACGACCAUAUUUAGAGGGAAUACUCUAGUUUCAAAAAUGAUGGAUGAAGCCAUGAGGCUUAUUGGCUUACAAUACCUGCAUAAAACUUUGAGGCCAACCUUAGAAUUAAUAUGUAAUGAACGUAAACCUUGCGAAAUCGACCCAACUAGAGUUCGAGACGCAAAUACUAUCGCCACGAAUUUGGCAAACCUUAAAUUCUACAUACAAAAAAUAUUUGAUGCCAUUACUCAAAGCGCAGUUCAUUGUCCGACCCUUAUGUGCCAGAUUUUUCACAAUUUGAAGGAAUGCGCGUUAUUACACUUUCCAGAGAACAAGGGUGUAAGAUAUUCCGUUAUAUCCGGAUUUAUUUUUCUGAGAUUCUUUGCACCCGCUAUUUUAGGUCCUAAGUUAUUCGAUUUAACGACACAGCCUAUUGACUGCCAGACAAAUAGAACACUAACACUAAUUUCAAAAACAAUUCAAUCGCUUGGUAACUUGGUUAGUUGUCGCUCUACCCAGCAAGUAUGUAAGGAAGAGUAUAUGGAAUGUUUGUAUAAAGCAUUUUACACAGAAAGCCACAUGACGGCAAUGAGACAGUUCUUGGAAAUUAUAUCCGCUAACACUUCUAGUCCACAAACCAUUGAAAAUGAUACACCAGUAACACUGAAAGAAGGGCUUAUGAUCAAAAGAGCCCAAGGAAGAAAAAGAUUUGGGAGGAAAAAUUUUAAACAGCGAUACUUCAAACUCACUACUCAUGAUCUCAGUUAUUCCAAAAGUAGGGGACGAGAUGCUUUGUGCCAAAUUCCCCUUUCAAAUAUAUUAGCAGUAGAAAGACUGGCUGAAACAUCCUUCAAAAUGAAAAAUAUGUUUCAAAUUGUCCAGCCAGAGAGGGCGCUAUAUGUACAAGCAGCUAACUGCGUAGAAGAGAAGGAAUGGGUGGAUUUGCUUACCAAAAUUUGUCAAACUAAUGCAAAUCGGCUGAAAAAAUAUCAUCCGUCGGCCUUCAUCAAUGGACAAUGGUUAUGCUGUAAAUCACCAAAUGAGUUGGCUCCUGGGUGUAGCGAGGUUUCACGAACAGACAACAACUACCAUAUGACCUUGGACCCUGAAAGAGAUUUGCAGAGGAUUCAUUCUUUGAUCAUAACCCAUAUAACGACUUUGGAAGCGUUUAUAAAAAUAUCCCAGAGCGAGGAAACCAUCUGCAAUAUCUUAAAGCAAUUAAGAGAGGUGGCUUAUCAAAUCGAACAGAAACAUAGAACUUACAAACGUACUUUGGAUCGCAACAUUAAAUAUGGAAGUUUAGCUGCCCCCAUUGGUGAUGAUAAUUAUCUGUUGGCAUCCAGAAUGAAUCUCGAUACUUCCAUCUUAAGAAGGUGUGUUUCAAGCGAGCCGAAUUGCCCUUAGCACAUUAUAAUGUACAGUUUUAAUGUACAUUAAAAUACAUAAAGAUUCUCAAAUUGAAGACUGUUAAAAUAUUUAUUAAGCAAUUAAAUAACACCAGUGUAAUUCUAAAGAAACGAAACGAAAAACUUGUUUUGAUGUUGAUACAUGAAAAGAUUUUAAAUAUUUUUUUAUUAGACCGUAAGUUUUAAGUACAGACAAUCACUUAUUUUAUUUUUUCAUUGUAUAAAUUGUUUGUUUUGUAUUAAGUAAGUACAAAUAUGAAUUAACAGUGUCUUAUAUAAAUACAUCCUUAUUAAUAAAAUGUGUAUCGUAUGCAGGGUUUGUAAGAAUAAAGAAUAUUUUCGGAAUGUAUAAAUAAUAGAAAGGCAUAGGCGCUAGUAGUUUUACCGGAAUAAUUAUUUUCUAAGAGUUGAUUGAGUAAUAAUAUUUUCUAGCUUUACUAAAAUAUGAAAGAUUACUUAAAACUACUAGUUUGUAAAGAUAUUACAAAUCUUUAAGUUAAUUUUAUGUCUUCCAUAUCAUAAUUAUGGAUUAUUGUUUAUUGUAAGGGUGUUAUUUUUAAGGCAGUUUAAAGUUGUAUAGUGUAAAUAUUUUGUUAAGAGGCCAUUAAACAGGGCAUUUAUUAUCAAUAUUUAAGUUCUAUCAUAUUUUAUUUAAUUUUUUUUAAAUGGCUUUUUUAAUUUUUUUGUAUUUUUAUGUACUUUUAGUUCUAAGGUCGUCCCAAUUUCAUACUGUUGUGUUUAUUUAUUUUCGAUUAUUCUUUCAAUAAUUAAUGCUUUAAUUAUCAUUAAAUGUAUUUAUUGUCUAUUAGGUUUCUUCUUUAAAAACUAAGUAAAUUUUAGUGGAACUGAAUUUCCCUAGUUUUUCGCAUUUAAUGCAUUUUCUUUCUUGUUUCUUAUUAACUUAUUAACUGUUUGUAAAUUAAUGUUAAAUGUUGUUUUUAAAUUAGUUUUAAAUGUAAAUUUUUUUAAAUC